GCAGGCGCUGGGUUCAUCACCCCUCACAGCUCCCAGUUCUGGCAGAGCAACGCCGUGACUCUCAAGGACGUGGAGGUGAACGGAGAGGUGGCAAUCGGUGCUUUGGCGGCUUGUGGAGAUCGGCGCUUGGCAGAUGGCACGCUUGCAGCUGCAGCUUUGCAGUUCUAUAAAGCCAACAACGCAGCGCCGUCUCCCGAUGUCGGGAACUCGCACGAGGACCUUGAGCUGUGGGCCAAGAAGCAAGGCGCAGGCGCUCGUCGCUUGGCCAGCCGCUUGAAAAACUGCAUGGGCCACACACCUGAAAAGUCCAAGAGCUCGAAGCUUCAAGAAGUCAAAACUGCUAUGCUGCAGCGCCUCGAGGAGAAGGGCAUGAUCGAGCCUUUGAGCGCCAAUGCCCCAGACUUGCAGGCCUCAGCUUCAAAGCCAGACGAGGACUUUGACUGGGAUGCCCUUGCGGACAUGCUGCCCAAGCCCGUCUCCGAAGAUCUGAUUCCACCCGGCAAGGUCUUUGAGGACCUUUGCAAGUACUUCAACCUUGGCGACGCCGACCUGGAAGCCGUGGCUGUGGAAUUCGCGAGCUCUCUUGAAGACGGCGACUCUUGUCCAGCGUCAGAAGCUGAGGCCUUGCAGGCGCCAGCCCCCGA